ACUGCAGCUCACGGAGAAAGCGCUGCUCUGAGAGGGACGCCCUCUUCUCCGUGGAUCAACCGGCCCGAUUUAACGCGCUGAGCACAGCCAUUCUCCUCAGGUCUGACUCGUUUACGAAUGGUGAACUACUCCGUGGAGCUUCUGCUGAACAGUCACUGUUUUGGUUGUCAGACGAAAAAUAAGAUUCACGUUUCCUCCGAGGAGAUCAUGCGCGACACGGAGGAGAGCUCUUCUCUUGUGGGCUCCAGACUGCAUUGCUCCAGGCAGCAGGCUCCAGGGCCUCUGUGGUGCUCCGAUGCCCCUCACCCACUAACGAAGAUCCCGGGUGGGCGAGGGACUGGAAGGGAUCUCCCUCUGAGCGUUCCACUGCACAAGGAUGAAAGAUUGACUGUGACUCAGACAGGGUCAACAAGUGCAGCACCCACUAUCUUGCACUUUCAGUACCAGCUGAGUGAGCGGCGCUUCUCCUGCUGGGACACGGUGCUGGCAGGUGACUGCCUCUAUCUAGAGAUCCCCAGUGGAGCUCUGCCAGAGGGCAGCAAAGAGGGGCUUACCAGUCUGUUGGAGUUUGCAGAGGAGAGACUGAAAGUCAGCUAUGUGUUCCUGUGGUUCUAUAAAACCAGGGAGGACCGAUUAUCCAUCACAAGGACUUUCCACUAUAUGGGUUUUGAGAUGGUGAAGCCUGGCCACCCUCUGGUGCCUGCACGGCCUGAUGUCCUCUUCAUGGUCUACUCUAUGGAGGACAGCAGCUCUGAUGAGGAAUAACCUCCUGUUACUGUCUUGCUCUGAAAAUGCCCCCCACCUCCCAACUAUGCCUUCCACCUCUUCUCAUUCUCCUCCACAGCUGUGGUGCUGUGCCCCCUGGGCCUCCUGAACCCCCUUUUCACCAAAAACUGACUUUUAAUGGGGGCUGAAGGAGUAGGAACAGAGAAACAGGUGGAGCUAAGACUGACUUGAGUCCCUGAUUGGUCUCUCCUUGUCUUUCUUUCAGAUGGGGUUGGUUGGUGCUAAAAGAUCUAAGGCAUAUCUGCUGUUAGUUUUGCACCGAAUAUCAAAAGGUCUAUACUCUUUAUAUGUAUGCUCUUCUUUAGACAGGACAUAGUUUUUAAGGAUGACAGUUUGGGGGAAUCAUAUAAGGGAAAGAAUUUUAUAGCGAUUGUAAGCCAUUCCCCUGUAAAGUUUCUGCUUCAGGGUGGUGGUACAACAUAGGAAUGAUUUGUCAUUCUUGUAGAGAUUCAACAAUCCUUGUUCUUUCCUCAUGUUGCUCACUGUUCCUUAUUGUGCAUCGUGAGGCUCUUUCACAUCUCUGUUCUGGUUAGAAAUGGGAAGCAUGAGAUCAGUUUUUGCUAGAUGACAUCUGAGUCCAUAUUUAUCGUGUAUGUCCAAGUAUGCAGACUUGUUUAAGAUCAGGCCUCUUUUGCUCAUAUGGUUGGAGCGAGUGACAUUUAAAGACAAGUCGUCCUACGUGAACAUGCAUAUUCAUUCUCGUGUGCUUGGUAAAUAUAGGCCAUCAUGGUGAAUAGUAAUGUGUAGGUGGAUAGCACAAAGCUCUUGGCAGCGAUGAUGUGUUCUCUCACCUGAUUAGGCUGAGCUACAGAAUUAGCUAGCAUGGCUAACCAGCUGAAUUAUUCAGUAACGACAAGACUGUGGAGCGCCAGGGGGAACACGGAGUCCAAGACAGCAUUCCAGCUUAGCCUCCAAGAUUAUAAAAUCCAUUCAGUGCUAGUUCGCGUUUAGCCGAGAAUAGAAUCAAGUAGGAUUUGAGCUGAUGUGAGUACACACUUACAGCUCGUGCACAGGCUCAUUAUAGAAGCUACUAGUUUUGAAAUCUUGGUGUCCUCCUACUUAGAGCACUUGACCUGAUGAGAUGUGAGUGGUCUCUGGCUCUGACUUUAAUGCAACUUUGAAAUCAUCCCUUGCCCCCUGUAUCCUGUCUAUCCAAUGGCCUUUUAGCUGUCAUUAUUCUGUACCACUCCUGUAUGAGUUGAAACUGAGUGCAGAUGCUUAUCCACACCAGUCUUACUGAAGUUGAUUUUAAUGUUUCCCACCGUUUGUCUUCACCAUCCUGAACCAAACCUAUAGGAUAAAGAGCGGCCCUUCCGGCUCUCCCAGAGGGGCCGUUUACAUGAGCACUUUACCUGUACACAUGUAAUUAAAGCAGACGUGCAUUCAGGGCCCAUCACUAGGGGAUGACGCCCACACUUUUAAGAUGUCGUGCUGUAUUUAACAAGCUUGACAACUGCCAAAGAAAAGUCCCCACUCAAA